AUGGUUGCAUCAGCAACUGAGCGAUCUCACACCUCCCAUGGCUGGAGUGCAGUAAACCAAGAUUUGACCCCGGAGCAGCAACAAAACAAGCCGCUCAAAAGGAAAUCCAGGUUGACGCAAUCGCAGCGAGAAAGAAAACGAGCGAUUGAUCGAGAUGCCCAGAGAAGCAUUCGGAUGAAGACCAAAAAUUACAUUGCCCAUCUUGAAAAUCUAGUCAAUCUCAUGGGCAGAGACGGCCCAGAUGCAGCCACGAAUGAAACCGAAAAGACGGGUCAACAAGCAAGCCUUCAACGGAAUGAGACCAGGGUCCGUGAGCUACUGUCACAGCUAAGACAGAGCCAGGCAGAGGUUCUUAAACUAAAGGAGGUUUUACGUGGCGUCCAGAAGCUGAUAGCCAGGGUAUGUGAUACGGCGUUGGACUCGGAGUUGCCACUCCUCUCAUCUGUAAUCAGCUCAAACUCGGAACCCAUAAUACCACCCAGUGCUUACACAGAAGGACUAAUGGGUGCAAGCUCUCAAUCUGGUGUAUCAAAUUACCCUCAUCCACUGGAGCCACUGGUAGGUCUCCCUAAUCCCAUGAUACACACUACUUCAGGAACUUCAAGGUCUCCUGAAGUAGCGCAAGGUAACCUGCCCCGCUCCAAUAGAAACCAGUCAUAUCUGCCGUAUCACAUACAUGAUAGCAUGUUCGCGGAUGAAGGUGAUGAUGAACCUGUAAAAUGGGAUCUGUUUGGUGGCGUGGCAGAGAAACAGGGCGAGGAGCUAUACCAUUUUUCUGAACGAGAAAUUAUGAAAGUAUUGACUACCGCGAGUCAUCCUUUCGCAAAUCAAUCCUCCGAUGAGGAUAUCGCGGUACGAGGAGUUCUGCAUGGUUGGCGAGACGUAGAGGACCACUACGUUCUUGAUGAGGGAUGGCAAGCGCUAAAGAAUAUCGACCAGAAGGUCUUUCACAGCUGUGGUCUCCUGGAAAGAAUGGCGAUCCUUUGCAUGAUGCGGCAAAAGAUGUUGCACCAGCUGCACAUGAGACCUCAGAACUUACCACCCUUACCAGAGUUCUUUUGGCGGACGUCCAUGGAAGAUUUAGAGCAGCUGAAGACCAUGCCCAUCCUUGAAUAUCUUGUAUGGCCGGGCCUGCGAGCCAGGAUCUUAAACAGCCCGAGGAAGUAUCAAAACAACAAAUUCUCAGAAGCCUUCCGACAAAACUUCAAAUUCAUCUGGCCUUUUGAUAUUGCAGAUGCCUAUGUCAAGAAUCCUGCGAAUCGACUGUACUCGACAGGGCUAGAGUUUGUGAAAAGACAGAGAGAUCUACGCAGUUGGACGAUGCGAAAAGAGUUCUUUGAGGGCUUCGAGGAGCUGACUUCUGCCAUAUCAAUUUACAAUCCGCCCGUUAGUCGAGCCUUCAUACUGCCAGGGACCGGCUUGGCCUCGACAAGGACGGCUAGCCGGCACCAGAAUCAGCGGGCUGGCCGGAGAGUGUCAGCUAGUGAGUCGAAAGAGCAAAUGUCGGAAGAAACAUCAGUCGAGGCACCAACCCGAUUCGGAAUUUCCCCCUUGAUCCAGGCGACUUUGCUGAUGGCUGUUGACAGUGCCGCAACUGCAAGCCCUCCUCCUCAGGCUGCUGAAGUCGAAGCCUGGCUGGGUGACCCUGAUAUGGUACAGCAGGGAUGGGCUACACAACAGAGAGUGGAUUCAGCCAUGAAUACGCUCUAUGGAACUCGAUGGUCUUCUACAGCAGGCGGGUACUGCCAGUGA